AGACUUAAUUCUGGUAGAUAUUCUGUUGCAUUUCUAAUUGUUAUGUUAUGUCAGUUAGGAAGCCUUCCAAAAUUCAAACUCUACAUUACAUGGUAAUAAAAUAAGUAAAAAGUAUGACUAACAAGAACAGUAAUGAAGAGGAAUGCCUCUGGAUUGGGGAACACUUAUUGGAGAAUAACUGUGUACCCCCUUUUUCAGAUGUCCCUGCAGCCAACUCCCACAGCCAAUCUCGAUCGAACAGAUGAUCCUGUGUACAGUGAUGUAAUGGGACUGGUGAAGGCAGUCCUGCGGUUGAAGAAUGAAGUCAGCAACCAUCCCCCUGAGCGAUAUAUUCUGGUUGUUAAGGAUGUGGGUCUUUCUCUUCGAAAACUCAUUGGGAGUGUGGAUGACAUCCUUCCGGCUCUACCUGCAUCUUCACGCACUGAGAUUGAGGGUACCCAGAAGCUCCUAAAUAAGGACCUUGCGGAACUGAUCAACAAGAUGCGUCUGGCUCAGCAGAAUUCUAUGACCUCAUUGAGUGAGGAAUGCAAGCGCCAGAUGUUGACGGCUUCACAUACUCUGGCUGUGGAUGCAAAGAAUCUCCUGGAUGCUGUGGACCAAGCCAAGAUGCGAGCCAACCUUGUGAAGGUCUCUUUUGAGUGAUUGAGAGGGCUGACUUAUGGAUUUUUUAAAAAAUGUCCCUCCACAACUUUCACAUCCUCUCCCCCAUCCUGCCUCACCAAAAACUGCUUGUGUCUUUGAUUUUGUCACGUCUGUCUUCUGAGAGCGACGGAGAAGCCAUGCUCAGGGCAAGGAAGAAACCUUCCCCCCUCCGCAGUGUUCUAUGGACCAUGCUGCUAAGGGGCACUGUGUGCACGAUAGGAUCCCAGUCCCAAGGUGAGGAUUCUUUCCACCAAACUUUGAACUCUGAAUCUGCACCAGUAGUCCCAUCACAGAAAGUGACUUCUGAAUAUAUUCGGCUUCCUUUGACAGUACCUCUGGCAUCAAGUCUGUCUCAUUGGUGAGAAAAGAGUCAAAGGCAGGGUGGGGUGGCUUGUGAGCCUCUACACUGUUCUCAGGAUAAGCCCAAAAAAAAUGACACGAGAGAUUUCUCCUUGGUUGAUCCAAGGAUUCUAAAAGGCCUAGUGAGGGAGAAUAUGUUUUCUAGGUCUUGCUACAUUUAUUUUGACUGAAGAUGUCCCCAUGGAGAUGCUGGUUCCUCAGAAGAGACUGUGCAUCUUUCUGUGUUGUAUAGAAACAUAUAUUUAAUGGCCAUAUCUGAAUGUGUGCACCCUCCCUAAAUCUUCUUCCCUUAAUAGCCUCAUUUAUUGAAUUUUUCAACCAGUUUAAACAAUAGAUCUCUCUCUG